AUGUCUGAUGACCAGGAAGAGCCAUCUCCUACAGCACGCACAGCCAGUUCUCUCUGCGAAGUAUGUCAAGCUCAUCCAUACAAGUAUAAAUGUCCCGGUUGUCUCUGCCGAACCUGUUCCUUGGCUUGCUCCAGAUCGCACAAGGAUCAAAGCGGCUGUACUGGGCAACGGGAUAAGACUCAAUUCAUCAAAGUUGCCGACUAUACGGCGAAUGACAUGACGAGUGACUACACCUUUCUGGAAGAUAUUUAUCGUACCGCAGACAAUGCUACUCGGGACAAUGAUCGCUUACAUUCCGCUUCCAAGUCGCAUAACGUGCGACAACGAGUUUUGGCGAAGCAGUGCAAAAGCCGAGGAAUACGGAUAAAAUUCAUGCCCGCUGGAAUGAAGAGACAUGACCAAAAUCAGUCGAUAUACAUACAGAAACGUGAGUUCACUUCCUGGACGGUGGAAUGGGACUUUCAGGAGAGUAAAGUCACAAUCGUGGAUCAUAGGGUAAAGGACACCGACACGGUGGAAGAUCUUGUCGCAAAACAUGUUGAAGGGCAGGAAGGAAACGCCGUCACAAGAUACCAAAUACAGCCGUAUUGCGAGCGUGGAUUGAAGAAUUUGCUCUUCUACAUGAAGAUGGUCGACGUACCUGCCAACCAAACCAUUUACUUAUCAAUAAAUCCAAAGGACACUCUUCGAGAUGCAUUGAGAGGCAAAACUGUCAUCGAAUUCCCGACGAUCAUUAUACGUUGUCACCCGCCGCCAGUAGACGUAAGAGUGAUGGAGGACGUGCCAGAGCACCAGAAAUCUACGUAUGACGGUCCUGCAUAUUUGUUACGACGUUUUAGUCAACUGGACGUCACCACGCAGCCAGUGGCCAACCUCACGGAUGCUGCGGUGACAAAUGCUAUAGUUCAAGAUCUUCAGUCAUCGACGCUUUAA